GCGACGCCGAGAGCAGUGGUGCCGCGGGCAGUCCUUGCGCGCAUUCUUGUCUUGCGGGCUUGUUUCUUCUGUCCAUCACUUUUGCUGUACUGUACUGCACUUCGCAUGCGGCACAGGUUUUUUGAAUGCAUUUCCGUAAGCACUCAGUAACUGAAUCGUGAUUGCUCAAUGGUGAAAAAUAAGUAUCAAGGGAGGACUUGCGCUGAUUAGCCAAAGAAGUAGAGGGCUCUCUCAUUGCGUCCUUAACGCAGCAGAGCCAAUCAUUCUUUUAGCUUGCAGGAUUGGGCGGGGCAAUUCCAAACAAAAACCCCCAUUGCUUGCUCAUUUGGGGAGAGCUGGGUGCGUCCCAAUCUGCGCUCGGCGGCCAGCCGGCUGGGCCGAUCGCAUGGUCGGGGGGGGAAGAGUGGCUGUACGGACCGCCCCCUGAAGACUUGAUUGAGCUGGGGACGCCAACCAUGGACGCGGACUCUCAGGCGAGUGAUGUAGUGCAAUUGGGGGAGGAGCCAGAGUAUGUUGCCCGCUACACCGCAGUCAAGCACUCAUGGAGGGGACGGUACAAGCGGAUUAUGUGCCUGACGUCGUCCGCCAUCGUCACGCAAGACCCCAGUACCCUGGCAGCAACCAACCACUAUGAUUUGAUCACCGAGUUUGACGGCGUGACACCCUCCCCUGGCAAAGACGAAACCCUAGACUUCAGUCUCAGUGUGAGGGCUGGGGAGAGGGGCAAGUUCAAGCCAAUCAAGUUCUCGUGCCGCAACAGGGCGGGUCUCCUGACUGAUGUGUACAAAGUGCUGGAGACUCUGCGGCUGGAAAAGCAAGUGGUUCCCCCCCCGGUGGACUUCCCCGUGCUGCACCUCAAGCGAAAGAGCAGGGAAUGGGUGGCGCUGACCAUGCGGGUGACUGUAACAGGGAUCGAGACACUCCAUGAAUCUUCCAGCACGUUGCACUGGUCCGUUGCGUUCAAGGACUUGGCUUCUCCGGCGCUGGUUGUGUUUGCGGAUCCGUAUGGAAGGGGGGGCGGUCAGGGGGGCGGUUUUGUCUUGCGCCCCGCGUACGGAAGGAGCAAGAAGGCCUUUACAGCUACCCAAGGGUCCACUCUGUCCAAUCUUAUCACAAAGAUUACUUCCAUGGCCAAGCAGUACGUCGGUGUAACCCUCUUUGUCGACAACACGCAGAAGAUGACCGUACAAGACUUCCUGAAAGAGCGAGCUACGGCCGCCGUCGGAGCGGAAGAGACCCCGCUUGGGGAGUGGUCGGUGGUGCGGUUACGUUCUGCGGGCAAGGGUACGGUGCACACGAUUGGAAGCGUAGCGGGCGCGUUCGCACCGAGGCAGGCGGGGAGCCGGGGCAGUGACGUGGCAGUCCUCCGGCAGCUGGUUCUGACGAGGAGCGCGCUCGUGGAAAGGCGGCCUGACAACUACGAAGCGGUCAUCGUCCGCCCCCUCUCAUCCGUUAGCGCCCUGGUCCGCUUCGCCGAAGAACCUCAGAUGCUCGCCAUCGAGUUCAACGACGGCUGUUCAACACAUGUAUAUAGCAGCACCGCCCGGGACAGCCUGCUCGCCUGCGUCUUAGACGCGGUCCAAACGGAAGCUGGGCGUCCCCUCCAAGUCCUACCCCGCCCAACACUUCCCGGGCACCGAAUCGACCCCCUGGGGAACGUGGCCUCGAUCUCGAGCGCCGGCAAGUCAGGAGAUAUGGAGAUCCCCGACUCGAGCCACCUGAAGUACUUGGCGCAGGCUGCCAAGGAGUGCCUGGCUGAGGGCGGCGCCUCGCCCGCUGCCAAGUCCAAGCUCUGGCGUCGCGUGCGCGAGUUCAACGCCAACGUCCCCUACUCCGGUCUCCCGCCCAACGCCGACGUUCCCGAAGCCGCGCUCAUGGCCCUUCUCUCCAUGCUCCCCGCCCCUGCCAAUACCGCCCCCGGAGGCCCCCCGGCCCCGGCCCCCUCCGCAAAAGCCGCGACGGCCGUCAUUGGGAUCCUCGCCUGUGUACGACGACUGUUGGGUUCGGUCGGGGCGACUUCGACCGUUGUCGGAAUAAUGGGCGCGGUGGUCCGGGUUAUGGGCCAGUUAAGGAGCGGGUCAGAGGGGGUUUCGGCGGAGGCGGCGGGGCUGAUCGCAAUGCUCGUGGGGGGGGGCCCGGGCGAAGGGGGAGUGAUGGGACGGGAGCGCGCGGCGCUGCUGCAGAACGCGAAGCAGGCGUUGCUUGCGAACGCGGGGCAGAUCACGGUGCUCGUCAGCCGGCUGAAGCCGAUUACGGUGUCGCCCCUGCUGAGCUUGCAGGUGGUCGCGGUGCUGGAGGCGAUGCUGUGCGAGCCGCACAGCGAGAGCACGGACGAUCGGACGUUCCACGAGAUGCUGCGCCAGGUCGCUAAUUUGCGGAGGCGCCUCUUCGCUCUCUUUGCCCACCCCGCGGCCGGCGUCUUUGAGACCGUCGCGCUCAUCAUGCGCACGAUUGCAGAGGAGGACGGCGGGGCGGCGGAGCCGAUGCGGGAUGCCGCACUGAAAGACGGAGCCCUGCUCAGGCAUCUGGUGCACGCCCUGUUCCUACCCUCCGGCGAGCGCCGCGAGGUCUCUCGCCAGCUGGUCGCCCUUUGGGCCGACGCCCACGAGCCCGCCCUCGAGCUCCUCGCCCGCUGCCUUCCCCCCGGUCUAGUUGCCUAUCUCUACACCCGCCCCUCCGAUGACGACGUUGGUGACCUCACCACCUUCGCGGGCGCGCACCAGCGGCGCCUCCUGCAGCGCCGUCGUGGCCGGGGGGCUGCAGCCAAGGCCCCGUCGGUGACUGAACCUCCCCCCCCUCCGGCGGUGACGCUCCCCCCUCCCCCAUACGCUGCCGAUUCGCUCGUCGCUCCGGGCGCGGCCGCGACGAGCCCACCAAGAAUCCAAACCCCGCCGACCGUCAAAACUCCUGCACAGCUGCCCUCGCCUAACAACCAGAUCGUCCCCGCCUCUCCUCCCGGCGCCCCCGAGAGCGUUGCCAUCGUUCCGCACAGCAACGGGGGAGAGCACGUGCAACCCGCUGAUGUCAGCUCACACGCCCCCCCGUCGUACUCACAAGUGAUGCCUUCGUCUCCGGCGGCAGAGGCAGCGCCAACGGUGGCGAUUCCGGUAGCGACGCCGAGCUCGCCCCGGGACGCCCCCGGGGGGAAGCUGCGGUACAACUGGGCGGACUUUUGGCGGCAGUUUGAGCGGGACCACAGCCGGGCGGACCUGAUCUGGAACGAGCGGACGCGGCAGGAGCUGAAGGAGGCGCUGGACAGCGAAGUGCACUCGCUCGAGUUGGAGCGUGACAGGGCCGUUUUGGAGGACGUGGCCGCCCCAACAGAGGAGGAAGGCGACGCGGAGGACGGGGAGAGGGAGGCUGCAGCUGAGGAGAAGGCGGGGGGCCAGCUGUCAUGGAACUAUGCCGAGUUCCGUGUCAAGUAUGCCAGCCUCGCGAAAGAGGUCUGCGUUGGCGAGUACUACCUCCGUCUCCUCCUCGAAACCAGCACCGCCCGCGACUCCCAACCAUUCCCGCUGCGCGACCCCCCCGCUUUCUUCCGCGCUCUGUACCAUCGCUUCCUCUGUGACGCUGACGCGGGCCUCUUCAUCGAAGGCCUGGACGAGAAUUCACACUCCCUUUCCCGUGAAGACUUCUGCGAUGUGAACGGGCUCGACGGGUUUGGAGGUUCGGGGGGCGUCGGGGGCCAAACAAGAGAGCUCUGUGCGCGAGCGAUGGCGCUUGUCUACGAUCAGCAUAAGGAGCGGAUCGGGCCGUUUGACGGGACUGCCCACGUGACGGUGUUACUGGACCGGACGAACGACAGGGCGCUGAGGCACCGGCUGGUGCUGCUGCUGCAGGCUCUCGUGAAGGUCCCAUCCAAUGCACGUGCCUGCGUCGCUGUGGGCGGGGUCGAACUAGCGGUGGACCUUCUGGCGAGCGCUCACGAGGCCGCAGAGCGGGCUGUGACGCCGUCGCAGAACAACCUGAUCGCAGCGACUGCCCAUGUAGAACCGCCGAAAGUGUGGUACUACCGCGGCAAAGGUGACGCGAAGGAGGGCCCCGUUGAGAAGGACCAGAUACGACGGCUGUGGUCCACUGGCGAGAUCGAGUUCUCCACCAAAUGCUGGGCCGAGGGCAUGAACGAUUGGAAGCCCCUGAGGGCGAUACGAGAGCUUCGGUGGGCCAUGGCUAAGAAAACAGCUGUGCUGACCCCCGUGCAGGUUGGCGAGGUCGCUCUUUCCAUCUUGCACGACCUGGUCUCCCUCCACAGCAGCGUGGACGAUUACGGGGAGCUCGUGACGCCAGCGCCGGUUGUAAAGCGCAUCCUCUCGAGCCCCCGCUGCCUGCCCCACCUCGCACAGGGCGUCCUAACCGGCGAGCCCAAGAUUGUGGAGCUGGCCGCAUCGCUUAUGGAGGUCAUCAUCACGUACAACCCCCCCGCCAUGGCCCGGCUCUACUCCUCCGGCGCCUUCUACUUUGCGCUCGCGUAUGCAGGGGCGAAUCUGCGGACCAUCGCCAGUCUCUUCAAGAAGGCGCAUUUACACCAAGCUUUCCACGGCGGUGCUGACGCGGCUGUUGCGAGCGCUCUCCCCCUCGCCAAGCGCAGCGUGCUCGGCGGUCUCCUUCCCGAGUCGCUGCUGUACGUGCUCGAGAAGAGCGGCGCGCAGGCGUUUGCGGCGGCCAUGGUUGCAGACUCCGACACCCCCGAGAUCAUCUGGACGCAUAAGAUGCGGAGCGAGCGGCUCAUCCAUCAGGUGCACCAACACCUGGGCGACUUUCCGUCCAAGCUGCCGCAGCACUGCCACUCCCUGUACGACUACGCGCCGAUGCCACCUGUUACGUACCCCGAGCUCGAGGACGAGAUGUGGUGCCACAGGUACUACUUGCGCAACCUCUGCGACGAGGCCCGCUUCCCCGACUGGCCCAUCGUCGAACACGUGGAGUUCCUCCAGUCCCUGCUCGCCAUGUGGCGCGAGGAGCUGACCCGGCGCCCGCUCGAGCUGAGCGAGGAGCAGGCGUGCGAGAUCCUCGAGAUCUCCAAGGAUGACGUCAGCGAAACGUCAGCGCCCUCCGAGAAGGAGCACGCCGAAACGGGGGGGCAGCGGAGAGUCAAGCGGAAGGGGCGGGUCGACGAGGAAGUGCUGAAACGGCAGUAUAAGAAGAUGGCGAUGAAGUAUCACCCGGAUAAAAAUCCUGAGGGGCGGGACCAGUUCAUGGCGGUGCAAACGGCGUACGAGCGGUUGCAGGCCAGCCUGGCUGGCGGAUUGCAGGGCCCCCAGAGCUGGCGGUUGCGCCUGCUGCUUAAAGCGCAGUGCAUCCUGUUCCGGCGCUACGGCGCAGUCCUGGAGCCGUUCAAGUAUGCGGGAUACCCUAUGCUGCUGAACGCUAUCACGCUCGACGACGCCGACCCAAACUUCCUCUCUACCGAGCGGGCUCCGCUGCUCGAGGCCGCUACCGAGCUGAUUUGGCUGACAUGCGUCUCCUCCGCGCUUAACGGCGAGGAGCUCGUUCGCGACGGGGGGGUGCAGCUUCUGGCGACCCUCCUGGGCCGCUGCAUGCCUUUGGUUCGCCCCCAAACGCCCCCAACGGAGCCCGCCGCUGUAAUCGUCACCAACAUUAUGCGCACCAUGGCGGGGCUGGCGACGUUCGAAAUUGCGCGGCGGGAGAUGAUGGCUUGCCCGGGACUCAUCCCCGACAUCGUGCACUGCACGGAGCUGGAGCGGUCGACGAUCAGCAUCGACAGCGCGCUGCAAACGAUGGGCGUGCUGUGUGUGGACGCCGACUUCCAGGACUGGCUGCUCUCUGCGGGCGUGCUCUGGUUCCUACUACCACUGCUCUUGCAGUACGACGCGACCGCAGAGAAGAAAGAGACGGGGGGCCCACAAGGUAUUGGUGCAAGCGUCCAGGGCGCCAAGAACCUGCACGCCAUGCUGGCCGCCCGCGCUCUUGCCAAACUGGGGGGGUUCAUGGAGGGCGAGCUUUCGACCCCCUACCACCAGGAGGCGACAGCUGUCCUGCGGGGCCUGUUAACACCACGCGUGGCGGCGCAGCUGAAGGACCGGUCGCCGAGGGAGAUGCUGCGAAACCUGACGUCGAAUCUGGAGACCCCGCACGUCAUUUGGAACUCUGUAACCCGGGGGGAGCUGCUCCGGUUCGUGGAUCAGCAGAGGGCCAACGUGGGCCCCGACGGGAAGUACACGCUGGCCGAGGCGACCGAGUUCAAGUACAAGGCGCUGUCCGAGGAACUGCAGGUGGGCGACGUGUACCUCCGCAUCUUCAACCAGACCCCGGACUUCAAAGUUGACAACAUCGACGCCUUCUGCGAUGCGCUCCUGGAGUACAUCAGCGAAGCGGUCAAGCGGCGGCGCGAACUGGCCACUCCUUCCAGCCCACAAAAAGCACCCGCGCCGGUCCCCGUAACCCCACCCCCAGCCAGCAAGACAACCCCCGAAAAAAAGUCGCUGUUCGAGUCUCCCGUCAAAAGGCCACUGUUCGAGGACGAAAACGGCGCACCAGAGAGUCUGACUCCCAACGGGGGGGAAACUCCAGGCGCAAACGAGCCCCCGGCUGCAGAAAGCGGUCCGGUUGACACUGAACAGAAGGAUCGUGACACUACUGCGGAAGCGGGAGACUCAGCGCAGCCCACAGAGGCGGCCGGCAGUGUCAACCUCGAGGCGGGCAAGCUGGUGGAGCACCUGGCAAUGGCGCUCCAGGCGCUGCUGAACGUGCUGACGUCAGACCCGCAUCUCGCGGCGGUGUUCUCAACGCGGCCGCAGCUGGCGCCGCUCCUGGGCUGCCUGGUGGACACGUCAGCAGCGAGCGGGCGCGUCCCGGAGCUGGCGCUUGCGGUGCUGACGCGGCUCACGGCGCACGCGCCCUGCGUGGAGGCCAUGGUUGCGGACCGGGGGGGUCUCAUCCUGCUGUUUCAGCUGCUGCACACAGCCCCCCAUUUGCGGAGCAGCGUCCUACAUGUGCUCGCUGCGCUUGCUUCUACCGCGGACGCUGCUUGGGCUGCUGCCAAGAACGGCGGGGCCAUCUUCAUCCUGGAGGUACUGCUCCCGACCGGACAGACCGUGGGCACCGCGGAGCGGGCGGCAGCUGCGUCGCUCCUGGGCAAGCUCGUCGCCCAGCCUCUGCACGGCCCCCGCGUGUCCAUCGCCCUCGGCAAAUUCCUUCCAGACGGCUUAGUCGCUUCUAUCGUCGACGGACCAGGGGAAGCCGUCGUGAGCGCUUUGGGCCGAACCACCGAGACCCCCGAACUGGUGUGGUCGCCCGCAAUGGCUGCCAGCUUGGCUGGGCAGCUGGCGACCUUAGGUCAGGAGUUGAUCCGGGAGCAGGCUGGGGGGGGGGCGGAUUGGGAGAUGCCGGACUCGAUUGGGAAGAGAGUGUCGGCGACGGGGGAGGUCAUUCCGCAGGACGGAGCGGUGGACGAGCCCCAGGUGGGCGGCGUGUACGUGCGUCUCUUCCUGAAGGACCCCAAGUUCCCGCUGCGCAACCGCAAGCGCUUCCUGGAGGGCCUCCUCGACCAAUACGUGGCCACCUCCGCGACCGUCCGAUCGGGCGCCGGCGAUCCAGAGCUUCCGCUGCUCUUCUCAGCGGCGCUCGUGUCGCUCCUCCGAGUGCACCCAAUCCUGGCCGACCACGUGGCGCACCUGGGCUACAUCAACAAGCUGGUCGGGACGAUGGCCGCCGAGGGCCGCCGCGCGAGCAUGGCCGACGGAACGCCGGAAGAGUGCGCGUCCGAGAACGGCUCGUCGGACGGUCCGACCCCCCAGGAGCGCGUCCGCGCCAGCUGUCUGCGGAUCCUGCACCAGCUGGCGACCAGCACGGCAUGCGCAGAGGCGAUGGCCGCGCCAAACGCGGGGGCGCCUCAGGUCGUUCCCCUUCUGAUGCGCGCGGUUGGGUGGCACGGCGCGAGCGUGCUCGCGCUCGAGACCCUGAAACGGCUCGUCACGGCGAACAACCGGGCCAGGGACGCUCUCGUUGGGCAAGGGCUCAGGACCGGCCUUGUCCCCGUGCUGCUGGCGCUGCUCGACUGGCGCGCGGGCGCCAAGAACGGGCUGAGCAGCCAGAUGAAAUGGAACGAGGCGGAAGCCAGCGUGGGACGGGUGCUGGCCGUCGAAGUGCUGCGGCUGCUGGCAUCGGAAGGGGUGCACUCGCAGCAAGUGAAGGAGAUUCUGGACGGCUCUGAGAUUUGGCGCGCGUACAAGGACCAGAAGCACGACCUCUUCCUGCCCUCGAGCGCUUCUUCCGCCACCGGAGUCGCUGGCCUCAUCGAAGGGCCGUCCUCCGCCGCCCAGUACGCCCUCCCCGCCCCCCAAUCCAAGGUCUUCUUACCCGACAAAAGCCCCCCGGGAAAGAAAACGCCCUCCCCGGGGGGCGCCUCAGCCAGUAGCGGCACCCCCCCGGUUGAUGUGGCCGGGGCAAAGGAUAGCACGCCCGCUUUUCAGGGGGAACCCGUGGGGCCGUCCACGCCCGGGACGCCGCUGCCGGUGUCAACCACGCCACUCAGGCCGCCGGCCCCUGAGCCUGACACUCUGAAAGCGGCACACUUUGUGGCCCCGAGGAAAGCCCCGGAAAGCGGCGGCGAGAAGCGGGCCUCGGUACCGGCUCCGUCAGGCGAGACGAGUCGCGAUGGGGAGACGUCAGAAAGAGUGCGGACGCCGGAACCGGUGCGAGAAGCGGCGCCGAGUGCAGCAACUCUGGCGGAAAGUGCGAGCAGUUCGGCGAGCCCUUCCGCUUCGGGCUCGGGCGAAAAGCCGGCGCCCAGUCGGCCGGAGGGGUCGGCGGCUGAUUUGGGGACUGAAACGAAACUACACGAAAAGCCUGACCCAAUCCCUGUCGGGGAGGUACCAACCGACGAAGAACCGGUCGAGUUCGGAGAUAGCGGAGAGGCAGAGCGGCAACCGUUUGAUGGACCUCCUCCUCUGUAACAAGGCUUGUGAUCGUGGGGAUACACGUAGGGCCAUUGGCAGAGAAGCAGGCUUUACGGUCAGUUUCGAGAAGUGGAGACGAUUGUGCAUACUGUAUAGAACCCGUUUACUAAAUUCGAGCGGCAACAAGAUUAGCAACUGGCCGUGCAGAGUGAACAUAUCACUGUAUACCCACGAACUUUGGUUCGAUGCGGCUUCACGUAUUGACGGCAACAGGCUUUGAGUUUGAUCAAUGGGGCCUUCUCUGGCAGCACGAUCGAAUUCGGCCGGCCAUUCAGGCUCGG